CGUUAAUAUUGAUGGAUUAUUUAAAAACAAAACGAUUGUCACAGUUUUCCUUUUUCUUUUUAUGUAUGUGAUAUUAUCGCAGAAAAAAAAAAGCUUGAUAUAAUAUCCUAAUGGGAUUUCAGAAUCAAAAACAGACUAUGGAAUCCUGCAGUAUCUGUAGUAGUGGUUGUUGAACUGCAUCACCUUGUGUGUGUGUGCUGGCAAGUUGAAAGUAUUUUCCCAGUAAGUUCACUGCCUCAGCCAACAAUGGAAAUAGAACUCCACAAAUUAUCAACUCUGAAAACAUCUUUGAAUAAAAGUAAAUAUCCAUGUGAAUAUUGCCAAAAGUCUUUCUCCAGACCAAGUCACCUGACACGUCACCUCAGAGUUCACACUGGUGAAAAGCCGUUUUUCUGUUUGGUUUGUGGCAAAUGUUUCAAGCAGUCAAACCAUUUGACGUCACAUGCCAAAAUCCACCACAAGCCUAUAGACACCAACAACAAUGCCCUCUCACUGCUUACAGUUGAUCCGUCAUUGACCACUUUUGACACGUCGUCAAGUUUCUUGACUCCUGGUGACAAAAGCAACCAUGAAAUGUCACACAUUGAAUCUCCUACUUGUUUCACUAAUGGAUUAUUACCUUCACAUGUGAAAAGAGAAUCUAGUUUAAGCUUAAGGGACGAUGAUUGUAUUAUUACAAAGGCCAACACAAACAGACAAGUCGAAAACUUGAUUUUAAGUGGAUCGAUAGCAGCAUGCCUAAAAAGAUCAACACCAGCAUUUCUGUCCAAACACCACUUAAACUAUAAGAAAGAUGUUUCUAAAUUAACCAACAAAAGCCCCGUCAGUAAGGAGUUAACAACAUCUUUGAAGUGUGAACUAUGUAUGGAAGAAUUCAUGAAUUACAACUCCUUAAAAAUUCAUUUACAAACGCACACACUUCCUACAAAAAUUCAGCACCAAAAGAGACCAGUAGUAAAAAAUAUGAAUGUCUUCUCUUAUAGGGAUUAUUUAUCACAGAAAAGUGUUUCAGAAAAUAAAGAUGGACAUCUACAAAUUCAGAUGAAAGAGAAUUUGGAUGUCAGUAAAGACGUCAGUAAUAUUUCCAUUGAUGUAUCUGAUGACAUAUUAAAUGAUGAAAUAUUGCUUCAACAAUCAGAUGCUGAAUCUGAUGAUGAUGAUGUUAUUAUCAUUAAAGCAGAUCCUGAUAGUGAGGCAAACCUCUCUUCUGACUCAGCCCUGGAGACAGAGAAAUCAAAACCAACUAAACCAACCCUUCGUACCAAAGAUCCCCAACUAGAUGACAUCAGGGUAACAUCAAAACAUAAACAUCUUGACUCUAUGGAUCUGAAUGAAAAUUCCUCAACACUCCAAACUUUAAGAGAAAAUAAUAACUUCAAAUCAGGAUUUUCUUCUUCAAACUUGAGGAUUCUAGAGAAGAUGUUAUCUGGAGAAACAGUAGACCAAAGCUAUUUAAAUACAGCAUUAUCAUCAUCAUUGACACCAUCAUCAUCAUCAUCAUCAUCACAAACUGCUAAAAGGCAAUCUUUUAUACACUUUGACAUUGACAAGAAUCGUACACACCAUGUCGGCUUAAAGCCAUUUACCAGAGACAAACUUGCAACACAGCAAUGGGAAACAUCACACUCAUCCACCAUCAGUCCAAGUAAACGACGCCAAAUUCUUUCAUCCCUACCCAAUGAUGCCACAACAACACAACAGCUGCCGCAUCUUACUUCAAACAAAGCGAUUUCUAGUGAUGCUGGUCAACUGAACCGAACGCUUUUCCCAUCAACCAUUCCAGAAAACCAGUCAAGUUUCUCAAGAACCUCCAAGUUCAAGCCAGAUACGUUUGUGUCGCGUACUGGCUUUAAUGUCAUCAAUAACACUUCUGUCCAACAGCCAGAGAGCCGAAAGAGACUUUCAAAUCAAUUGAUUAGUAACAGUAAAUCUAGCAACACUCUGUCUAGAACACCACUGAUGACCAGCCAGCAACAUACAAGCUCCAACUUCUUGGCCUUUAAGAAUCAACAUCAAAAUUAUCAGUCAAGAAUAAAAAAGCCACAUUUAAGUACAUUUGGUGUAUAUCAAAGCCGUAAUCGAUACUUAUCUGGCAAUAAUUCUCAGAACAGAUUUCGAUGUAAAUACUGUCCAAAAGCAUUUUCCCGACCCAGUCAUUUAUUACGACACGUCCGUGUCCACACAGGAGAGAAGCCAUUCAAAUGUAAAUAUUGUAGUAAACAGUUCCGUCAGUCAAAUCACUUAACAACUCACAUUAGAAUUCAUACUGGCAUCAAACCAUUCCAGCACAGAUUUCACCUCAGCCCCAGACCAUUUGACUGCCAGCUGUGUGGCCAAAGUUUUUUCUUACUCAGUCAUUUAAAUCUGCAUCUUCAAUCACAUGUUGCCACUCUCAAUUAUCCCAAUACACAAUUCAGCGACGAUGCUCUCCUUGUGCUUGAUCCUAAUGAAGAUUCAGUUAUGAUAGAUGACGAAGCCCCUUCACACAAUACCACUUUAGAGAAAGCACACCCAAUACAAAAUGAUAGCGAACACUCUAUGUCGAAGAGCCUGACACAAAACGUGCAUCCCUCUGUUCUGUAUAUUAAAGAACUGUCUGAGGUGCCCUACAACAAAGACUCAAAUAAUAAUGAACAUGUGGAACUUUUGUCAGAAGAUGAAAGCAUUGAGGAAAUCUCUGAAAGUGUCGAUACUAAUUGUAAGGGUUCCAGUGUACAGGACAAUCAGACAUCUGUUGAGUCUAACUUUGAUACAGAAUUCAUUACACCACAUGCAAAUGAGGUAUGGACCUUGAGAACAGAUGAUUUGGAUUCUAAAACGUCUGUUUCUACUCCAAAUGAAUUCCAUAACCAGUUAUCCACUGAAACAUAUACUCCUAAAGAACUGGAAUGGAAAUCUAGGUCCUCUUCAGAUUCUACAGACAAUCAAGAAGUUGCCAUUGAAGUUGUUAAAUGUGAGGAAGAUCAUCUCAGUGAACAAGUCAAUCGCAACCUUUCAGAAAUUCAAACUUCUGUGAAGAAAGAACAGGAAAGUGUUGAUGAAUGCAACCCUGACACUCUAUCAGUGUUUACCCCAAAACUGACACCAAGUCCUAAACCAGAUGAGUGUUUUGUAAAGGUUAAAGAAGAGCCCUUAGAAGAGGAAGAUGUAGACAGGAAUGACGUGUCAUUAAGUGAUAAAUCUCUGUCCACUGCCUGCAAAUAUACCGAAAAAGACAACAUGCAGGAAUUUCUGGAACAAGAACAAAGUAAUUUUCUUGGAAACUGCCUCCAAAAUAUUAAAACAGAGGCAUGUGCUUCAACAAACACAGUGUCUAGUUAUCCACUUGACAUAGAAGAUGAACAAGAUAUUUGGAAAAAAUUCACACACAGUUCAUCCCAUGCCUUUAAUGAAGAUGCACUGAAAUUAAAUGACCCUAAAAAGAAUGCAAAGAUGUCUACCAACCAAGAACAUAGACAAUCUACACAAGACAAUCCCAACACAGUUGAACCCUUUGACCCAGGUAAAGGGAUGAAGUGUCAUUAUUGCAACAAACACUUUGAAAAUUGGAACCACUACAGUAUACAUGUUAAAUCUCACUAUACAGACAAUCAAGUUUAUCUGGACAAUACCUCUCUGAGAUACAACCCAAAUUUUGGGAUUGUAUCACAGAAUUUUCUUAUCAUUGAUGAUGAUGAUGAUGAUGAUGAUAAUCCUGCACCCAGUGCCAAAGCUUUAACUCAAGAAUCUCAACAUAUUUUAGCUUCACCAAAUAGAAGAUUAAGGAGAGCAGUCUAUGGAAAUAAUUCAGUCUCCCCUUCAUCCGUGUCUAAAAAGCCAAUGUUUAAAUGUACAUAUUGUGAGAAAUCUUUUUCUCGACCUAGUCAUCUAACCAGACAUAUUCGUAUCCAUACUGGUGAGAAACCAUUCAGGUGUAACAUUUGCAAUAAAAAUUUCACUCAAUCCAACCAUCUGACAUCACACUUGAAGAUUCAUACAGAAAGGAAACUUGAUGACUAUUCUAGUAUUCAACAGCGAUUCUCCUUGCUGAGCCAAUUUGAGACACACUUGAAGACACGUGGAUCAUGGCACUCUAACCCUGUUGAAGGAAAAUCCCUAGCCCUCCACAAUAACAAUCACAGCACUGAAAAUCUAGCCAAUAAAGUGAUUCUUAACUCUGCUACUACUUCCCCAAAUGAAAUCAACUCAUCCAACCAAGAAUCAUCGUUUACCACAAAUAAACAACUGGAAACCAAACAUUCUUUAUCAGAUCCUUCCAAUAUCAGCUACAAAGCAGCUGAGGAGUCUUUAUCUGAUCUGAGAGAAGAAACUUCUGAACUAACAAAUUCUCCAGAUUCUUCAACCAGCCAGUGCAAGACUGAUAUUGCUUCCUUCAAUUCUGGUAAUAAUUUCAAUACUGUUUCUUCCCCCGUCUUUCCAUCAAUUAGUAUUAUGCAAAAUAUCUUAAAAGAGCCCCAAAUCAAAGUUGAAAAAAAUAACUUUGCCAGAGAUUACUCGGCAGAAUGGCAAAGAGGGGAUAAGACAGCUACUUUAGAGAAGCAGGUUUUAUAUGAAGAUGAUGUUAAACCAGAAAUUUUGCCAAAUAUUUGAAGUAUUUUAUUAAAUCAACUUGAAAAAUUUAUCUGCUGAAAUUUAGAUCUUACAGUUUUUUUUUUUUUUUGCUUCAUUUGGCAAAGAAUUAGUAAUUAAAAGACCAGAAAAUAUCCUGCAGUUUCUCAACUGGUAAAACAAGAAACUUGUAAAAAUGCAGGUAAUGUCCACACAAUUUUGACAAUUAAUCGAACCAACAUUAGUAUUUGAAUUCAGACUUCUGCUCUGAUUGACCCCACCUUUCGUCCCAUACUCCUGACAUGGAAUAUAGAGAGGAAAGUGAUUUAAGUGCCAACAAUCUACAAAUGGGCUAAAAAAAAAUAAUAAUAAUAAAUACUAGUAAUAUAUUGCAAUCAAAUCUUAUUAACUAUACACAACAACAAUAAUUGAUCUUGUAGUCAUCUGGAAAAAAAAACACAUUAAUAUUAAUGUGUGUCCAUUUUAUAUGUGUAUGAAGAUAUAGUGUGUGCAUAUGUGUGUACUUCAAAAAAUGCAGUGUUGAUGGAGAGAUAUUGUGGUCGAGUUAUGUAAAUAACAAACUCAUUACUGCCAUUUGAAUCACAUACAAUGACAUCAGUUAAGACAAUUGCACAAACAUUAAAGUGUAUAAUUUUGAAAAAGUAAAAUAUAUUUUGAAAUUA